CGUCGCGUCGCAUGCGGUGUAUUCAGGGUGCUACUGCGCCACCAUUUAUAAGUGUAUUGUGCUGUAUGGCAAGUGGAUCAAAUAUUCUCUGCUGCACCACCAACUUCUUCCAGACCUGCGAUGGGAACGAUAUUUAAGCCAUAGCCGUAUUUAACCUUUAGUGGCACAAAGCCACCGCAGGAGACGCAGAGUCAGCGUUUCACAGAAGCAUGGCUGAGCACGGGACGCGCGCCCCUCUCAUAUAUCACAGCGCGUCUUUACCUGGAGAAAAGAGGCAAUAUUUGACUCCGGUUAGUAAAGCUGAAUGAGAAGACGAUGGACAGCCGGACCGAGAAUCCGACGAAGGCAGCGGGCUAUCUGAAGGAGCUGAACAAGAUCAUAGCGACCCAGCAGACGCUGCUGGAGCGGCAGAAGAGGCGCAUCUUUGAGCUAGAGCAGCAUGUGUCCGACCUGUGCGCAGAGAACAGCCGCCUGAGACACGAGUACCAGCGGCACCUGCUCUCCUGCAGACUGCGCUCCAUCCAGGAGAACAGCCCGCUACAGCAGUCAGAAUAUGGCAGUACAAGAAUCGUCAGAAGACAUGCCUCUCUUCCUGUGGAAACGACAGACAGUCCCAGCAGCCUCAGAUCAGCCGUGUGCAAGAGAACUGUGCCAAACCGACAGUGGAAGUCGGCAUCCUUCGGGUGUGUAAAUGCUUUGCACCAGUACUGCUGUCCCGCGCCGCUGUGCUCUAAGCAGCUAGCUGUACCUGCUCCUCUCUCUGAGUGCAGGGAUGAUAGCGUGCUGCAUCAGUUCUGCUGUCCUCCGUCUGGAAGCAGCAGUCCUUCAAGAUAGCAGGAACGAAAAGGAUCUGUCCUCUCUCACAAAGCGUUCUUCCAAAAGAGCUACAUGCGUCCAUCCAUGCAUCUGUGUGUCUCUGGGGGAAUAAACAUCACUGUGUGUGCCGUUGCACUCACAUGCAGGACAGACGGAAAUCUUUCUGCAGUAGUUCAUUUACAAGUGCAGUCUAUAAGCGCUGGAAGAACACAACUGUAGCGCUAGAACUCAUGAAUACAGUCGAGUGUUGAACCUCAAACGUGUACCUCUAAUACAAAGAUGCAGAACUGAGUGUAUUUUGCACAGUGUGGAAGAGAACUUCAUUCAGUACUCCGAGUGAUGCAUGAAAUUAAAAAGCAAUAUCUAUUUAAGAAUCGAUGACUGUAUUACAGCUAUAUUUGCUUUGCCUGAUA